UUCACUGCUGUGAUUUACUGUACGAAAAUUUGCUUUAUGCAGCAAAUGUCGUACGAUAAUUAAGAAAACAAACCGAUACUGUGUGAAAUACUGUCCGUUUUGAAUGUAACUCUGUUUAAAAUGUAUAUAGUUUGAGUGAAAAAUGAACGAUAGCGCCGCAGAAUGCUCAGAAACGCUGGACCCCAGAGUUCAGAUUGAGCUAGAGCGCUUAAACACAGCAACAGAUGAGAUCAACAGGCUAGAAGUAGAACUAGAUGAAGCCCGGCUCGCGUUCCGGCGGCUGCUGGCGGAGGGACACCUGCGGAUACAGCAGCUUACCAAGAAACUUGGAACUAGUGUGCACAAAGCCCGGCCUUACUAUGAAGCCAGAUUCAGAGCUAAUAUUACUUCACAAGAACUGCAAGCGGCAACCAUCACCUACGACAAGGCGAACAGCGCCCACGCAGCGGCCCGAGAGAUGGUGUUCCUGGCCGAGCAGGGGCUCGCCCGCCUCGCUGAGGGGGCUGAGGGCGGGGUCACCCUCGACCCGGCGUGGCAGGAGAUGCUCAACCACGCCACACACCGCGUCAACCAGGCAGAAAUGGACCGCGCGCACGCGACGGUGACGCAGCGGACGAAGGCGGCCGCGCACCGCGCCGCCGCCGCGCUGGUACAACAGCUACAAGCGUCACUCAAACGACACAUCACCAAGUCGAGACCGUAUUUCGAAGAGAAGGCCCGCAUCAACACGGCGCUGGAGGCGCAGAAGGCGCGCAUACAGACCCUAGAGGAGCAGGUCUGCGAGGCCAAGCAGCAGUACUCCUCGGCCCUGAGGAACCUGGAGCGGAUAUCCGAUGAGAUACACAAGCACCGCUCCAGGCGGCAGUCCACGAGAAACGCGAUAGAAAUAGACCGAGCAUCAACAAUCACAGAUGUAGCCAGCGACACCUCCAACGGAGUCCUCGAAGACCUGUGUUCCCAGAGCACUGACGCAUCUGUGCGGGAGUGGCUGCGGCGGGCCGCGGCCGAGCGGCCCGGGCAGGACGACACCUGGACGGAGAUAGACCUGGACUACUCCAGCCCUGAGGAGGUAAGCUUCGAGAAAUGCUCGUUGCGGCCUCGCUCGUCCCCUGACCAACCGUCUCCGCCGAGCCCUGGCGAGUCCAAGGUGUCCGCUGCGUCACCCCGGCGCAUAAUACGAAGUUCCAUGGACCGCACAGCUCUGCUCCGAGCGGACCUGGAGAAAGCUGAGAGGGGCAGACGGCAGUCCCUGGACGCCAUACUGCACGACACUGGUGAAAAGGUUAAAGAGAUCAAGGAGAUGUUCCAAGGUCUGUCGCUGUUCGGCGAGCGCGGCUCCCACUCCGCCCCCCGCACGCCGCGCCGCACCUCCCCCUCGCGCGCGCGCUCCUCGCGCAGCUCGGCGGACGGGAACUCCGACACCGACAGCUUAGCCAGUGUGGACAUGCUAACAGACGAGCAAAUUGCGUCCCUAAUGCUGGACAAACAACUCCAAGAUGUCUGCGAACGGCUUGCCGGCGUCGCCACCCGGCAACCACGCUCGCCACAAUCUCCUGAGGCACGGUUUUGAACUCUACGUGUAUAGCAAUACGGUAUAAAAUACGACAAGCAACUCCAAGACGUCUGCGAUCGUCUCGCCGGCUUCGCCACCCGGCAACCACGCUCGCCACAAUCUCCUGAGGCAUGGUUUUGAACCCUACGUAUAAAAUGCUUAACGUUUGGGAUUGACUAGAAAAACUCAACUCUACUCAUAUAGUAAUAAGGUACAAAACGCAAUGGAAGUGGCUGGGCCCUCGCCUUUAUGACGCCUAUAGUUGUGCUCUCUAUCACACUUACCCGCCGUAGGUAGGUUUACAUUCAGACCAGUUCCAUUUCAUGUAUCAUUUGCCUUUUAAUUAACAUAUAGUGUGCAUCAUAACACUGGCGUAGCUAACAUGGGUGGCACCCGGUGCGGAAAUUGUGGGUGUCACCCCAAAAUUCAAUCAAAGUUGUAAAAUAUAAUUAAAAAGAGUAAUUGUAACAGGAUUUACCCCAUCGCUUUCAUUUUACGAAUUUUUAUAGGUGGCACUACUGAUGUUCACGGUCGGGUGUCACCCCUAAAUGGGUGACACCCGGGGGCGGACCGCCCCCUCCGCCCCCCCUCCCCCCUAGCUACGCCACUGCAUCUUAACCUCCUGGGACCCAGAAGCAAUUGUUUUGUUUUUGAAAUUGGAACUCUUAGCUACACAAUUAAAGUUCAGAAUAGAUUUUGGAAUAUGUACAAAAAAUUGUACGCAGGGACUUAGGAGGAUGAAUAAUAAUAGUUUUACGAAUGCCAUAAAGCUACAAUUUUGGCACAUAAUGACGCUUAAAUAUUAUUUACAAAUAUAGUUUUCAAUAGUGGACAUAUCAGUAUGGGUAAUGAAGUUUAUCUGAAGUAGGCAAGAACUUGCAUAGUCCAAAUAAUAUUUAAAAUGUAGAUACGUUUGGCCGGAUUUAGGGCAUACUGAAAAUUCAUGGAAAUGGCCACUUAGAAAAAAUAAGUCGUCUCAUAUAUCUUGUGAUAUAGAAUCCAGAAACCUUCAGUAUAAGACUCACUAACUCGACGAUCUAAAAAAAAUAUUCUUUAUUUUAUUUGCUAAUGUUUAUGGAAUUUAUACUUUCAAUGAAAAUCAAAUAAUAAAUUGAUUAUACAGUGUGGAAAAAUCAGUUGCCACAUGGAUGGCAACUACCUUAAAUAUUGUAAAUAGUUCAUUUAAUUCCUUGUUAUUAUUUGUAUUACGAAUUGAUUCUCAAAUUUAAUACUCAAAAGCAUUCUUAUUAGUAUUUUUUUUAAUACAAUGUGUUUUAAAACAAAAUGGCGGGAAUAUUAUGCACGCAUACACGCUUUUGUGUGAAAAAAUAUUAUACUUUUAGGACUAUUUAGUGUCGAAUGGUGAUAAAGUAAAUCUAGAUCUGCUUUAGGCUAAUAGAAAUCAAUUUAAAUGCAAUAACGUAAUAUAAGUGUGUUGUAACUAAUUAUGACGUAAUAUAAGUGGAAGCCUAACAUUCUUGCCUGUUCGUAGGUAACUUAUGAUAUGAAAUAAUAUUAAAAUAUAAACACAAUUAAUUAGGUACUAUUAUGCGAAUUUUUUUUUUCUAAGUUUGCGUUUUAUACGGCUCCUAUGCUGCCCCCUAUAGUUCAUUUCAAGCACGCUCCCUAAAGUUUAAAGUGAUGUUUGCCUAAUGCUUAAUAAUAUUGCUAGUAAUGUUUUAUUUACGAGAAAAGUAUUAUUAUUUACUAGCUGUUGCCCGCGACUUCGUCCGCGUGGAAUUUUAUCUUCAACAUUUUACAUCUUUAGUACCUAUCAUUUUCUAUAAUUUUCAUAUCCAAGCAAUGUUGAAAUUAAGUACUUUUCUUUUUUAGCAAGUUGUAUGAAGUUUUAAGUCAAGUGGAUUUUGAUGUUGGUUGCUGAAAUUACUUUUCUUGUAUUCUCAUAAUGCCCUUAUACAAAGAUUCAAGUUUCGCGCUCACAAAUUAUCUGAUCUCCAUACAAACUUUCAACCCCUUUCUCACCACCUUGGGGGAUGAUUUUCAAAAAUGCUUGAAUUAGUUUUCAUGUUUUUUUAAUUUAAUACCUUUUUUUUGCAAAAAGUUCAAGUUCCUAGCUUAAAAUUUAAUUUACACCCUAAGACGAACUUUCAUCCCCUUUUUAACCCCCUUAGGGGUUGAAUUUCCAAAAACGUUGCAAUUACUUUUUUUUGUAAUCGGCUAUUAUGUCUUUCUAAGUAGUUUCAAAGCAUUUGUAAUGGAUUCAAACUUUGAACCCCAUUUUAACCCUGUUAGGGGAUGAAUUUUACAAAUUGCUGAAAUCACUAUUAUUGUCUUCUAAUAAUAUCCCCAAAUACAAAGAUUCAAAUCCCGCGCUCGAAAAAAUGUUUGAUAUCCAUACAAACUUUCAACCCCUUUUUCACCACCUUAGGGGAUGUAAUUUCAAAAACGCUGAAAUUAGUUUUCUUGUAUUUUAAUUUAAAACGUUUUGACAAAGUUUCAAGUUCCAUGCUUAAAAUAAAAUUUGCACCCGCAGACGAACUUUCAUCCCCUUUUUAACCCCCUUAGGGGUUGAAAUUCCAAAAACGUUGCAAUUAAUUUUUUUUGUAAUCGGCUAUUAUGCCUUUCUAAGAAGUUUCAAAACCAUUUGUAAUGGAUUCAAACUUUCAACCCCAUCUUAACCCUGUUAGGGGAUAAAUUUUACAAAACGCUGAAAUUACUUUUCCUGUCUUCUAAUAAUAUUUCUAAAUACAAAGAUUCAAGUCCCACACUCGAAAAAUGUUUGAUAUCCAUACAGACUUUCAACCCCUUUUUCACCACCUUAGGGGAUGAAUUUUCAAAAACGCUGAAAUUAGUUUUCUUGUACUUUAAUAAUAUAUAUUUUAACGAAGUUUCAAAUUCCUAGCUUAAAAGAAAACUUUAACCCCAUACAAACUUUCAUCCCCUUUUUAACCCUGUUAAGGGAUGAAUUUUACAAAACGCUGAAAUUACUUUUAUUGUCUUCUAAUAAUAUCCCCAAAUACAAAGAUUCAUGUCCCGCGCUCGAAAAAAUGUUUGAUAUCCAUACAAACUUUCAAGUCCGUUUUCACCACCUUAGGGGAUGAAUUUUCAAAAACGCUGAAUGUAGUUUUCUUGUAUUCUAAUUUAAUACUUUUUUACAAAGUUUCAAAUUCCUAGCUUAAAAUAAAAUUUGCACCCGAAGACGAACUUUCAUCCCCUUUUUAACCCCCUUAGGGGUUGAAUUUCCAAAAACGUUGCAGUCACUUUUUUUUGUAAUCGGCUAUUAUACCUUUCUAAGAAGUUUCAAAGCAUUUGUAAUGGAUUAAAAUUUUCAACCCCUUUUUAACCCUGUUAGGGGAUGAAUUUUACAAAACGCUGAAAUUACUUUUCAUGUCUUCUAAUAAUAUUCCUAAAUACAAAGAUUCAAGUCCACCACUCGAAAAUUUUUUUGAUAUCCAUACAAACUUUCAACCCCUUUUUCACCACCUUAGGGGAUGAAUUUUCAAAAACACUGAAAUUAGUUUUCUUGUACUUUAAUAAUAUAUCUUUUUACGAAGUUUCUAAUUCCUAGCUUAAAAGAAAACUUUCACCCCAUACAAACUUUCAUCCCCUUUUUAACCCCCUUAGGGGUUGAAUUUCUCAAAAUCGCUUCUUAUCUCGUGUACACUUUAUAAAUGCAAUCUGGUGUGCAAAUUUCAACUUUCUGGCUUUUGUAGUUUCGGCUCUGCGUUGAUGAAUCAGUCAGUCAGUCAGUCAGUCAGGACACUUGCAUUUAUAUAUAUAGAUUAUUCUUUUAGAUUUAAAUAAGAUCUCUUAGACAUACUUGAGAGCUCAACAUUGUCACAAAUCUAUAUGUAUUUAUUUCGUUCAGUGCUAUUAUGUAACACACAUUAAAGAUAUGUACUUCGUAAAAUAAAUAAAAUAUAUACCUACAUAUUUUAAUUGCACAAUAUUAUAAUGUCAAUUUUACUUAGGUUGCCAAUUUGAAUUGUGUUUAUAAAAGUGAAAUAUCGUGAUAUGAACUUAUAGUUAUAGACCAGGAGCUAGUAUCUAAAAUGCUGAUUUUUAAUGGUGUGUAUUUUCUAUAUUACAUUUGGCUUCAAGAUUCUUCAAUGCUUGCACUGUCUUCAAUACAAAUAGAUAAUGAAUUAUGUAGCUAACUCUUGGUCUAUAAUGUUAAUGUGUGAUAAUUAUUAUACAUAGUACAAUUGGUGAGUAUACCUACUUUAUGUUGAGAUAAAAAAAUAGUAAAUUAUAGUUGAAAAUAUUUGGGACGAACGUAAUUUACAAAUAUUUAAAACAAAUUCAAUCCUAUUACAUCGGAAAUAAGGUGUAUAUUUGUUUGUAUAGUUUUGUAAAAAAUGCUUGUCUUUUGUAUUUUCGACUAUAAUGUCUAUAAAUUCUAUAAUAAAUGAACCAUUCCAUUUUUCUAUAGUUUAAGUAGGCAAUACUCCUGAAUAUGACAACUAGUUAUAUGAUAAAUAGUUUUAAAAAAUCUUAUUAUUUUAUUUUAUUUAACACUUUGAUUUAAUGAAAAAAACUGUGACAAAUAUGUGAUGUUCCACGGCAAAAGGUACCUUAUGGCGGCUGGCGCUUACGUCGCAUAGCGCCGCCAUAAUAUUAGAGCGGCGUUAAUAAUAGCGUAAGCGUCAACCUCCAUAAGGUACCUUUACCCGUGGGAUGUCACAUAUGUAUUUAUAAAACGCCAGUAUUUCUUAUCAUUAUUUUGUGAGAGUGAUAUGCAACUAUAUUAUAUUUAUAGGUGAAAUAAUUAGUUUUAAGUAGUUAAAAUAAUAUUGCAAUUAUAGCAUAAUAUGAAAAUGCUCCGUUGAAGGUAGAUUACAUUUUCAUUUAACAUUUCUUAAAAAUCCUCGAUUGUACUGUAAAAUCACACUCAAAUCAAUUCAUCCAUUCGUGUGCUAUAACAAUUUAUGAAUAGGAUUUAUUUUCUCAAAAAUUGUAGAUUUUCCCUCUUUAAUUAAUGAACAGAUUAAAUGCUUGAAAAAUAAUUCAAAUGAUAUAUGAGCCGAUUUUAAUAUAUCUGUUGAAUGUUUUUUUUAUGAAGUAGAGUUCCUCUGAGUUAUACUGUUAUUAAAUAUUGAUUUUUAUAGUACAGUCAGCCAAUAAAGGACUCUAUCAAUCAGAUGAUAGAGUACCGUACACCGGGUGCUCCAUUACGACACCUUGUGCUAUAAUAAACACAUAACGUAACUACGUCGAAAAUUUAAAGGGUCAUAUGUACUGUAAAACGUACGAUACAUGUACGAAUUUCGCAUUGUUACAUUACAUCCCAUUUCUUAACGAGUACAAUGUUUUGCAUAAUAUAGCAUCUAAGGCAUUUAUGGACAUUUUCUUAUUUAUUAUAUAAAAUCAUUCUUUAAAAAUCGGCUGCCAUAUUCGAGGAGACAACCCGCACUAAGGAUAGCUUUAAAGUGACAUUAUUUUGCCGUUGUGAUAUUAUACUGUACAAACGUUAGUUACUGUAGAUAUACCUACUAUAGGAUAUAUAUGUUAACUUAUGUACAUGUUGAAAUAACUUGCCUUCUGAAGAAUAAUACAAGUAUGUAGUUAAA